AUGAACCCCCUCAGCGACCUCGUCCUGCGGCCGCCCCCGGGCUUCGGUGACUCCAGCUCCGAGGAGGAGUUCUACGAUGCUGCGGACAGGCUCAGCCCUCCGGAGGCGCUGGCAGGCUACGAUGCAGCACCCUGGGAGGGUGCAGAGAACCCCUCCUGCAUCCCAAAGAGGCUGAGGUGCUACAGCUUGGGGGAGAGCCCUUCAGUGAGGGAGAAGCACGGGCAGGAGAAGGAGCUGACCUGCACCAAGAGCCUGAGGAAGAGAAGGUCUUUCCUGAAAACUGAUUACACCUCGCAGGUCAGUUUCCCUGCGGCUGUCCCGGGCUCUCCACAGCGCUGCUGCUCCUGGCCGCCCACUCAGCCCACAGAGGACACAGGGAAGAACACGGAGAUGGGGCUUCUUGUGGCCACCCGGGCCCAGAGGGACACUGCUGGCACAAAGCCCUGCUCUGAUGUGAUGGACAUGGAGCCUGACACCAUGGAGGCAAAGUCAGUGAUGGAAUGUCUGGUUUCCUCCAUUUCGGACGCUCACCGUGCUGGUGACCAGUGUGGGGAGGAGGACAGCAGCCUCCAGCCUCAAAAACCCCCCUUGCUGUCCCCAGAGCCCCUUCCCAGAGGUCAGAGUGGAGCUGCCCAGGAAAGCUCCCCAGUGGAGACAGAUCCUGGGUGUCUGAGUGAGGAGAGCUGUGUGCCCACUGGAGGCUGGCAGACCCAGGGAGCGCAGGAGGAGGGGGGUGAGGUGGUGGCCACUCAGCACAAGGCCAGUGUUGUGCCCUCUGCUGUUGUCUGCCCCUCUGACGAGCUCCUGCUGCUGCCAUCAGCCCCUGGCCCCAGCAUGGCUCCUCCUCAGGAGCUGGCCCAGGACUGGGGGCUGCCCCCUGUGAGUGUGGAGCCUUCCCUGGCUCCCUGUCAGGAGAGCAAAGCUGAUGGUCUGAGCUGUGUCAUUGGCAAGGGCUGUGCUGAUGGUCAGGGCUGUGCCAAUGGUCAUGGCAGGGAUGAUGGUCAGGGCAGGGGUGAUGGUCAGGGCAGGGAUGAUGAUCAGGGCAGGGAUGAUGGUCAGGGCAGAGGUGAUGGUCAGGGCAGGGAUGAUGGUCAGGGCAGGGGUGAUGGUCAGGGAAGGGAUGAUGGUCAGAGCAGAGAUGAUGGUCAGGGAAGGGAUGAUGGUCAGAGCAGGGGUGAUGGUCAGGGCAGGGGUGAUGGUCAGGGAAGGGAUGAUGGUCAGAGCAGGGGUGAUGGUCAGGGAAGGGAUGAUGGUCAGGGAAGGGAUGAUCAGGGCAGGGAUGAUGGUCAGGGCAGGGAUGAUCAGGGCAGGGAUGAUGGUCAGGGCUGUGCCGAUGGUCAGGGCAGGGCUGGUGGCCAGAGCUGUGGCUGCAGCAGCACUGAGGGGGCUGUGUCCCAGCCCAGGAGCCAGCAGGUGGUGGAUGGGGAGAUCCUGUGGAAGGUGCAGGAAGGCCACAUGGGGUUCCCAGAUGCAGCCCAGCUCCUGGCAGAUGGCAGCAGUGCCUCGGGGGUCCUCAGCCACCUCUCCUGGCUCUCAUUCGGGGUGAGAACAGACCCUGUGUCACACAGCCUGCUGCAAGACAGGGUGGAUGACCCACUUGAGCCUUUGGCCUGUCUGAUGAGCAGCAGGUGCAUGGGGGCUGGUGCUGUUGGAAGGAAGAUGCCAACAUCCCCUGCUGGAGCAGGCUUUGUCCAGGAGCUGGUGAGCAGCUCAGGGCUGGGUGCAGGGCAGCCCACAAGAGAUGCAGGAAAUGUGGCUCAGCAGGAGCCACAGCCUGCACAGGCUUCUCUUCCCAGAGAACAGGCUGCAGGGCUGGAGAAGGACUCUUGCCUGGCUCCAUCUGCAGAGCUUUCCAUCUCCUCGGUUCCAGUUUCCCUGGGGAAAGGAGCAGGAGACAAUGGGGCUGCAAAACACUCCUUCCUCUGUCUUAACUCUGAGGGGGGUGAGCAGACCCCUGCAGCCCCCAGCCCAGGUGGGCCCUUGGGCUGUUCCCCGGCACCACACGGGCUGGACAGCUGUGGCUGCCAGCUGCCCUACAUCAGCUGCUUCCCCCAGCCCCACAACCAGGGGGAGCGUGAAACCAGCCCCCCCCAGUUUCCAGGGCCCCUCACCACCCCUCCAUCCAGCAGCUGCAGCCUUCCCAGGACCCCUGGGAGCGCCCUCCCAGUCUCCACUGCUGGGGACGCGGCAGGGCAGGACCCCCACAUCCAAGUGCUGGGGCAGCUGAAGGACCAGGCAUGGAUGAGCCCUGUGGAUUUCUCACGCUUCCUGGCCUACACUGUGGAGCUCCAGGAGGUUGUAGGGAAGCUCUGCGGAAACCAGGCAACUCACCUGCACGACCAAUGUGCAGAGCAGGGUGUGGAGAGCCAGGGUGCCCUGGGCUGGGCUUCCCAGGACCUGCUGUCCAGCUGCCAGGCACUCCUGAGCACAGAGCAGCCUCUCACAGAGGUGCAGUGUGCACUGAGAGCAACGUUUGACCGCCUGGUUCACCUGGCAGUGACCUGCUUCCAGGUGACACACUGCCAGCGCUGCAGGCAGAGACAGCAGGAGCUGGGAGCUGCGCUGGGGGACGUGGUGGGCACCUACCAGCAGCUGCUGCACGCUCUGCACCAGCAGCUCCAUGGGCAGGUCUGCCCUGAGCUGGGCACCAAGCUCCUUGCCCGCCAGCACACGGCCCUAGCAGCUGCCAUCUUCUGUCUCCUGCAGCAGUUCAGGGCAUCCCCGUGGCUGUGACAGGCGGGGUGCGGGCACACGAGGGCACUGAGGGGGACAGAGCCCGGAUGUGUGCCCCCUGUCCGCCUCAGGCUCUCCCCCUGGCAAUGUUUGGCCCAGGAUGGCCACGGGAGGAUGUGCCCAAACCUGCUGGCUGGGCUCCCCAAAUGCAGCCAUGCCCCAGGUGCUCUUGGAGCACUUCACAACCAUAGCCUGUGUCUUACCCAGGGCUCGUGCCUUGCCUCCCACGGGCUGAGCAGAUGGUCAGUCUCAUGGUGUUCUCUCAGCUUCUUUGUCACCCAUGGGGAAGAGUGCGAGUCUUUCAGCCUGCCUUUCACUCACUCGUCUCCCCAGGCUGGCUCUGGACUGAAGGAACAUCAAACCCCACCCUGUCCGGAUGUGAAGGCCCCCAGGUGGCUUUCUCCACCCUCUGUGGCCAAGGGACCACCGUGAUCCCAUCUUCAGUUGCUUUUCCUUAGCCAGAGAGGGUGGUCCCAGCGGGGGCGGCAGCAGAGCCGCUCCGUGCCGUUCCUGUGCCAGCAGCUGCUCUGCUGGCCAGCGACAGCUCCUGCAAGCUCCCACCCCACCAUCGAGCUCCCACCCCACCAUCGGAGCGGCUCCCGGCUCUGUCUGCCAGAAGAGAGGGCCAGCCCCUCUGAUGCUGCGGUCAGAGCUGUGCAGGGACCAUCACGGGCUCCCCCAGCCCUGUUCCCCUCCCAGCAGGUGCGGCUCGCCCUGGCCAGGCGAGAGCUGGAAGGGGGUUUGGCUGUGCAUCCCUGCAGGGCAGCACUGCAGCACCCUUGGAUGGAGGGGCAGAGGUCAGUCCCUCACUGCUGAGGUCCAGCCUGGGGAUAUUGAGGGUGGCUGCCUUUCCCCAAGGAACUGCUGCUGCAGCCCAGGGGGUCUGCACUAGGCAGCUGAGGGGCACAGCUGAUAGCACAGGUGAUAGCACCACCUCUGCCAGGCACCGUGGGCACAGGAUUGUCCCCUGGCUCUGGGACACUGAAGGGGAUCGUCUCCACGUGCAGCUUGCCAAGAGCCACCAGGCCACAGCAAUAGGCACUGGCCAACAGUGACACUCGGAGCCCCUGUCGUGGCUUAACCUCAGGGCAAGGCCCUGGCUUGGGUUAAACCACAACAGCCCCCAGCUGCUCCUGCAGAGCCACUGUCACACACGCUGGGACACAAGCCCCAGGGCUGUGAAAGGGCCUUGCUGUGAGAGAGAAAUGAAAACACAUAACCAAACUUACCUCAGGUGACCUUCAGGUCCUGCUGCCACUGGCCAUGAGGUUUUAGGGCGCUUUUGGCAGCAGUGGCUGAGGUAAUGUAUGGACUCAGCUGCACCAAACACACUUUCUGCUGUGGCUGUGGCACGUG